ACUGCUGCAUAAUCAAAGUGAUACGGGGUGCCAAGAAAAUUGGAGCUCUUGAGGGGCACACGCAGAGAGGAAUUAAGAGAGUAAGAGAGAGGGUGUGAGAAUGGUGAGAACUCCAUGCUGUGAUAAAACUGGACUAAAGAAGGGUGCUUGGACACCAGAAGAAGAUAGGAAACUAAUGGCUUAUGUUACUAGAUAUGGCUGUUGGAAUUGGAGACAACUUCCCAAGUUUGCAGGUCUACAAAGGUGUGGUAAAAGUUGCAGAUUGAGAUGGCUGAAUUACUUGAGGCCAAAUAUCAAGAGAGGGAAUUACAGUAAAGAAGAAGAGGAAACCAUCAUCAGCUUACAUGAAACAAUGGGGAACAGAUGGUCUGCCAUCGCUGCCCAGUUACCGGGUAGAACUGACAACGAGAUAAAGAACCAUUGGCACACAAAUUUGAAGAAACGCUUGAGAAAGAAAUCAGUACUGGAAGCGAAGGAAAUGUCCUCAGAUGAUGAUCUGUCUCAAGAUGACAAGAACCAAGAGAAAGACACAGAAGAAACAGACAUAAGCACACAAAAUCCUGCCACGAGUAAUGAAAUAAUUGAAAGCCCCUCGAGUACAAUGUCCCCUCAAGCUUCAUCUAGUGAUAUUUCAACCAUUGAUAACGUAGCAGCAACGGACUGGGACCUCAUUUCUGAUAAUAAUUUUGCUUUCUUGGAGGCAUACGAGGCCCCUAGUGGAAAUUUCUGGACCGAACCAUUCUUGUCUGACGAUUAUUUCAUGCCAAAUGAUUUUAUGGCACCCUUGGUGGACCCUGACUCCCCAUUUUUUGAUGGAGAAUUUUCAAGCCCUUUUGCUUUCAUCGAUAUGGAGGAUUGCAACCUGUACUAAAAUUUGCUAAACAAUUUACAAAUAUUUUGAUUCUCUCU